AUGAGUGAUGAUGAUAGUGUUCACGAUAGCACCGGUAGUGGUGCAACAUUACCGAAUGCCAAUAAAAUUGACAAAAGUAGGAAUUCUCUACUCUGUUUUAUAAGAAAGAAGUCACCAUACAAGACUAAAGGUACCACGCCUAGUGACAAAAAAAUUAAGAAACCUACACGUUCAACAAAGCCUUCCAAUAAAGCUACACUUUCAAAACAUACAACGUCUAAGAAACAUCAAGCUAAAACGUCAAGAAAUUCGCCAAUAUCUUUCACAAACAUUACUGAAAUAUCUCUGUCUAAAGAAGAAGAUGAAGUAAAAAGGAAUAUUAUUCAAGGAUGA